CGUGAAACAGUAGCGCUUUUUUGUGUUAAUAUAAGCAAAACAUAAUGCAGUCACACAGCAAGAAACGCGUUUGCUACUACUACGACAGUGAUAUUGGAAACUAUUACUAUGGCCAGGGACAUCCGAUGAAGCCGCACCGCAUACGCAUGACGCACAACCUCCUUCUCAACUAUGGCCUGUACCGGAAGAUGGAAAUUUAUCGACCACACAAAGCAACGGCGGAUGAGAUGACAAAGUUUCACUCAGAUGACUACAUUCGGUUCCUGCGCUCGAUCCGUCCGGAUAACAUGUCCGAGUACAACAAGCACAUGCAGCGAUUUAACGUCGGUGAAGAUUGUCCCGUGUUUGAUGGUUUGUACGAGUUCUGUCAGCUAUCGGCCGGUGGCUCGGUUGCUGCCGCUGUCAAGCUAAACAAGCAAGCGUCCGAGAUCUGCAUCAACUGGGGCGGUGGUUUGCAUCACGCGAAAAAGUCGGAAGCUUCCGGCUUUUGCUACGUAAACGACAUCGUGCUCGGCAUCUUGGAACUGCUCAAGUACCACCAGCGCGUUCUGUACAUCGACAUCGACGUGCACCAUGGGGACGGUGUGGAGGAAGCGUUCUACACGACCGAUCGCGUUAUGACGGUCAGCUUCCACAAGUACGGCGAAUACUUCCCCGGGACGGGCGAUCUCCGGGACAUUGGUGCGGGCCGGGGCAAAUACUACGCAGUCAAUAUACCGCUCCGGGAUGGUAUGGACGAUGAGUCGUACGAUUCGAUCUUUGUGCCGAUCAUCUCGAAGGUGAUGGAAACGUUCCAACCGUCGGCGGUGGUGCUACAGUGCGGUGCCGAUUCACUGACCGGCGAUCGGCUCGGGUGCUUCAAUCUUACCGUCAAGGGACACGGCAAGUGCGUUGAGUUUGUGAAAAAGUACAACUUGCCGUUCCUGAUGGUGGGCGGCGGUGGAUACACGAUCCGGAACGUGUCCCGCUGCUGGACUUACGAAACGUCGGUGGCACUCGGGGUGGAAAUUGCGAACGAACUGCCGUACAACGAUUACUUCGAAUACUUUGGACCAGACUUUAAGCUGCACAUCAGCCCGAGCAAUAUGUCCAAUCAGAACACGACGGAAUAUCUGGAGAAGAUUAAGAACCGGUUGUUUGAUAAUUUGCGCAUGUUGCCCCAUGCACCGGGCGUACAGGUGCAACCGAUUCCGGAGGAUGCGAUCAACGAUGAGUCUGAGGAUGAGGACAAGGUAGAUAAGGACGAACGGUUGCCGCAGGUCGACAAGGACAAACGGAUAGUGCCGGAUAAUGAGUUUUCUGAUUCGGAAGAUGAGGGCGAAGGUGGCCGGCGGGAUAACCGUUCGUUCAAGGGACAGGGUGGACAGUCGCGCAAGAGGCCACGCAUUGAAAAGGAUGGAAAGGCGGAGGACGUGAAGGAUGAAAAGGAAGCGAAAAUGGACACUAGCGGCGAUAAGGAGGAAACCAAAGCGACUGAAGAACCGGCCAAGAAGGAAACGACGGGCGUUGCAUGAUCCACGCUGUCAUCGUUUCGGAAGCAGCAACCUCCAUCGUAA